GGGAAGAACUAAUCUGAUCUCCUGAUAUCUCUAUUGAGCCCUCACUGCAGUCGGGGAGCCCAGGAAGCGCUCCACGGAGCUCCGGUACCAAUCCAUCUUUUGAUAUUGAGGACUGUCAACCUGCACGGUCCUCCAGGACCAUAGAGAGCAGCUCCUCUCUAGGCUCCACUCCUCCCUAGGAGGAGCAACGAGGCGGGCCGGGGGCCAGAGAGGCCGGAAGUGCUAGGAGUAGGGCCGCGCUGUUGACUGCACUUCUUGAUAUCCUCCCCGCAGUCUUUCUGACUCCUGGCCUGGGGUCGAGUAGAUGGAUGCUGGAAAGGGAGAGGAGGGGGCACCGGCUCCCGAGGGGCCGCCCACCAGGAAGAAAUUUGUCAUCCCGUUGGAUGAGGAUGAGGUUCCUCCCGCAGGGGCCAAGCCUUUAUUCAGAUCUACCGGGAACCCGGCCACCACUGCGACCACUCCCCAGGCUGCCGCUCAGACCUAUGCAGAGUAUGCCAUUUCUGGCCAUCCCCAAGGGGCUGGGACCACUGGCCCCACUGGAGCAGAACCACUGUCACGAGAGACCCCCAACCAGACCCUGAAACCAGGGACAAAAUCCAAUAGCAUCAUUGUGAGCCCCCGACAGAGGGGCAACCCAGUGCUCAAGUUCGUGCGCAGUGUGCCCUGGGAAUUCGGUGACGUCACCCCGGACUAUGUGCUGGGCCAGAGCACCUGCGCCCUCUUCCUCAGCCUCCGCUACCACAACCUCCACCCCGACUACAUCCACCAGCGGCUGCAGAGCCUGGGGAAGAGCUUCGAGCUGCGUGUCCUGCUGGUCCAGGUGGACGUGAAAGAUCCUCAGCAGGCCCUCAAAGAGCUGGCUAAGAUAUGCAUUCUGGCAGACUGCACACUAAUCCUUGCUUGGAGCCCAGAGGAAGCAGGGCGGUAUCUAGAGACCUACAAGGCCUAUGAGCAGAAGCCUCCAGACCUCCUGAUGGAGAAGCUGGAGCAGAACUUCCUGUCCCGGGCCACUGAAUGUCUGACCACUGUGAAGUCAGUCAACAGGACAGACAGCCAGACUCUCCUUGCCACUUUUGGAUCUUUGGAACAGCUCAUUGCUGCUUCAAGGGAAGACCUGGCUUUGUGCCCUGGCCUGGGCCCCCAGAAGGCCCGGAGGCUCUUUGACGUUCUACAUGAGCCCUUCCUGAAAGUACCCCCAUGACUGUCAUAAUAAAGCAUUUCCCAGGUG